AUGGAAGGAACUAUUUCUGCCAGCCCCUCAUCAUCCGAUCUGGUGGCAACCUUUGAUGUCAGCGAAUACUUGGUCCCUGUCAGGGAGCUAAAAUCGGCUGGAAAUACGUUAGUCUCGUUUGAUGGUCUCCUAGAAGAGCCUCUGAUCCUCAAAGAAGACCUUAAAGAGGGUUGUGGUGGUCAAUUAUGGCCAGCGGGGAUUGUCCUGGCUAAGUACUUGCUGCGGCAACACCGCAAUAAUCUCUCCAACAAGACGAUAGUUGAACUAGGAGCUGGCGGAGGCCUUGUGGGCCUCGCGGUUGCACGAGGGUGCAAUGUUGGUCCUUUUCCCGUCUACGUCACAGACCAAGAACCAAUGUUACACUUGAUGAAAACGAACAUUGAGCUGAACAAUCUCUCAACUGCUGUGACGGCGACAGUGUUAAAUUGGGGAGAGCGUCUCCCAGACUGUAUACCUACCCAUCCUGCAAUCAUACUCGCUGCGGACUGCGUCUAUUUCGAGCCGGCGUUUCCCCUUCUCAUUUCAACCUUGCAAGAUCUGCUGGGGCCCGAAUCAGUUUGCUACUUCUGUUUCAAGAGGCGUAGGCGAGCAGAUCUCCGUUUCAUGAAAGCAGCUAAGAGGGUCUUUGAUGUCAAGGAGGUUCGUGACGACCCUGAAGCGGAUAUAUACAGAAGGGAGAACAUCUUUCUCUAUUCACUCCGGUUGAAAUCUAGACCGGAGAACGGCAGUCUCAGAGCAAUAGAGGGAUGA